CGCCCGGGCUGAGCGCGGUCCCGCCCCGGCCCGUCGGCCCCGCCCGGCGCGGCCCUUCCCGCGCGCCGUACGCGGCGCUGUCCAACAUGGCGGCCAAGGUGGCAAAGCUGGCAGCUGUUUCUUCUGGGCUGCCAUUUGUAUGUAUUACUGUAUAUGCAGCAACAAAAGAUGAAUCCAAAAGUCAACUGGUGAAGCCAGAUAAGCUCCCCAUUUACGGUGCUCCCCCUCCGAAGUCGAAGUACAUCGAGGAGCAGCCUGGGCGCCUGCAGCAGCAGCUCUUGGCAGUGCGAACAACCGUCGGCCACUAUUUUGGGUGGUGCCAGAGUGCCUAUAUCUUUGUUAGAAAUGGAAUAAUGGAUUCAGUUCAGUUUGGAAAAGAUGCUUAUGUUUACCUGAACAACCCCCCCCCAGAUUUUCUUCCCAAAGCCGCUGUAAUUACGGUGUCAGGCCUGGCUGGUGUAGUGCUGGCAAGAAAAGGUUCUAGAUUUAAGAAAAUUGCUUAUCCAUUGGGACUUACUACUGUAGGAUAUUCUGUUUGUUACCCAGCUCAGUCAGUGGUCAUUGCUAAGGUAACAGGGAAGAAGUUACUUUGUGCGAGUCAUCAGACCUAUGAGGCUGUGAGGUCACUGUGGGCAGACAAGGAAACUGUCACCAAGCUGCAGCAAGAGUCAAAACCAAUUAUGCAAGAAGACAAGAAAAAGAAGGGAAUUGCUAGUACCAAAUCUGAGUCUGCUGCUGAGUCAAGAUCAUUUAACAGAACAGAAUCUUCUCCAGUAGAGUCUUGGAGUAGUGAAGAUCCACUGCCUUCUUCAGGAGCAGGGAAAACAUCAAAAUUUAAGCCUGAUCCAAAACUUGCGGACCAUGGUCAGUCCAGCCCACAAGAUGUGGACAUGUACAGCACCAGGAGCUAAGCCAAGUCUGCUUUAGAGACUGCAGAAUGUUACAGAUAAGGGGGAGGGAAGAAGGGAAGGAAUAAUCUUUACAAUACGUACUCUUGAAGUAUAAUUUCAUCAGAUAUUUUCUUAUCUCAAAUUUGUAUUAUCGACUUACAUGAUUCUGUUUAAUGCUUAUUUUGUUCCUGAUUCCUUAUAAGCAGUGGGAAUUCACACAGUGUCAUUAGUGAGACACUGAGAAAAUAAGGUUUGUCAGUGUCUUCUCCCAGUGAGGUUUCUCUGUGCCAAACUUGCUAAUAAAUGUCACUUCACAAAGGAUAUUUCAAAAUGCAAAUGUAUGUCUGCUUUGGCUCAGAUGUUCAUUGAUCUGAAUGAAGAAUGUGAGGGAUGGGGUUUGCAGAGGCUUCUUUGACUUUUAUCUUUUAGCCCUGGAAUGAAGUGCAAGUUCCUGCUGGUCUGAAUAUCCUGAAAAAUCUCCGUGGUUGUAUCAUAUGAACAGCAUUGGCUUUAAAGCUUGUGUAAAAGAGUCACUUUUUUCCAUACAAAAUAAUUUGGUACUGUUUGUCUCUUUCACAAAGGUUCAUGGAAACAACUCUUUGUCCUGCACACCUCUGCCGUGUUCAAAUGUCUCUGAAGUUGGGCAAAAACACACAACUGUUCUCUAAACAUCCUUUCUAGACUAUGCAUCAGCUUUCACCUACUUCUAAUACUUGGAAGAACUGUGUUUAAAUUGCUUAAUCCAUGAAAUUGAUACUGAAUUUAUAUAAAAUCCAUUAGAAAUGCUUAGGAAGUUGGAAAUCUGUAGUUUCAAGGUUUAAACUGCUGACAGACAGUAAAAAUGCAGAAGUAGUAGGCAGCCAACUUUUUCAUCCCACAAGUUUGUAUGAAAUAUCUCAUUGAUUUUGGUAGGAUUUCUGUGAAAUUUUGUGUUUUUCCAUAAGAAUGAUACUAGAAAUUAAGUUUCCUAAGAUGAAAUUUUCAAACACUGCUUUUAUCAUGGUGUAUAUCCCUGUACUUCUGUUCAUCCCCCAUUUCUGUUCAUUCUGUUUUGUUUCAAUUAAUGAAAAUAUGGGCUUUGCUGUAAAAUUGAGGAGGAAGCAAGAGAAAACAUCUGAACAGAUAGUGUGGAUGGAAGGCUAAAGCCUGAAAUGCUGCUGUUCUCAGCACUGAGAUGUGAUGGAAUAUUUGCUCCUGCACUCCAGAAAAAGAAAUUUCAUAAUCUGAUUCCUUGUCCAAGGCUGCUAAAGGCAAAUGACAAGUGAAAUACAGGCAGAAUUCCUGGUGUCCCUGUGGGAUCAGCAAAGUUGUGGGGAGAUGCUGCAGGAUGGAAUGUGCAGAAGGCAAAAAUGGUGAAUGAGCCAAAGAAGAAAAGCUUUUAGGAUGGGUCAGAAACAAAUUGAUAUUUUAAAAUCCAAAUUUCAGGUGAAGUGUUGGUCUUUGUUACACAGAGUCCAGUGCAAGGUAAAGUCAGAAAAUGUGAAAUUUAAAAGAAUUCUAUUGGUUAAACUUGAGUGAGACAGCUGACAGGAUUCAAUGUGUUUUGUUUCUUUAAUCAUCUCUUAAAGACCCAGGCAACUGUCAGAAUUCAGGCAGCAAUCAGAGGAUAUUAAAUCAAUCUUCAGAGUGCUCCUGGACAUGACACAUUUAGUGUUUCAUCACAGAGAGAGGAGUAUAAAAAUUAGAUGGCUGGGCUUCAUGUACCAUUUCCAGGGAAAUAGAUUAAAACAUAAGUCAAAAUUGUGAGGAAAUCAUCAUUUUCAAGUGCAUGAGUGAAUGCCAGAUAUUGUAUAAUCUGUCUUCCUUUGAUAAUAUUCUGGAUAAAAACAUAAAGGAAAAGCCAUCUGCUCUACUCCUAAAUUGUUAAAUUUUAACUUUGAGUGAUGUGCUACCACAGCAAAUCAACAGGAAAAGUAAGAUGAUGCAGAUUUGCUUGGAUUUUGCAGGAGUUUACUGUGGUGAGAUUUUUCAGGACGUAAUGAAAAACUCUGCCCAGGAAUUGGUGGUGUGGGAGCAGGGAGAGGAGCUGCCUUGGAUUGCUGUUAAGGAACCAGCACAUCUGCCCUUCCCAGGAGAGCAGGUCUUGGGACACUGCCUCUUCCCUGGUGCUAGAAACUGCCCUUGGGCUUCCCAGGUUUUGAGGGCAUUUCUGCUCAGAUCUGGUGAUAAGGGAAGGGGUGUUUGGUCUGCAGAUGUCCAUUGGCUCUUUGGUUCGGCAGGCAGGACUCAGGUGUUCCAUGCAAGCCCUUCCAUUGCAGGCCCUGAUCCUGUUCAUGCUGUGCAUGGCCCUGGUACACAAAGCUGUCCUGGGGCUGGAUUUCAGUCUCAAAUUAUUCCCUAGGGCAACACUGGGAUAGGACUAAACCUCAGAGUUAAACAUCUUGUGGCACAUAACUUAAAAUGAGUGUUCCUACGCACUGUGAUGAACAAACAGGAUGAGGGAUACAAUUCUGUAGCUCACAAAGUGCAGUCUCUGUGCUGUGUGACUUCUUGGUAGGUUAAAGGAGUGAGCAGCACAGGAUUAUUCCAGCUCAGGGUUUGCCAGGUGGCUGCCCCAUCCCUGUAAAUGUCCAGGCCCAGGUUGGAUGGGGCUUGGAACAACCUGGGCUAGGUGAAAGUGUCCUUGUCCAUGGCAGGGGUGGAAGGAAAUGGGCUGUAAAGUCCCUUCUAACCCACACCAGUCGGUGGUGAUGCUAUUGUCACUUUCUAAAUUUAGUUUUUUCAUCAGCUGAGAUUUCUCUUUCUCCUCAAGGCAGGGUAAUUUUCUGUUUGUUUCAUUUUUGUCACCAGUUUUUGUUUACUAUUCCCACACAGUGGGGUUAAAAUUAGGUUUUGGUUGUGAAACAGGUACAGCUAAACAAAACUCUUCCCUAACUGCAGCCAAAGAAAGUGGAAGAGAAGUAUGGAAAAUUUUGUAUUCUGGCUAGGUGUCUUCUCUGCUUUCAGUUCAGACAUCUGAACCUCUAGGGGAUAUAUAAUAUUUUACAGCUGACUGCAAGGAGCUGUAACCACGGUGUCUCUGUUAGUAAUUUCUUGUAAAGGUGCUAUGCAAUGGCUUUUAAAAUGCAAAUCCAGAUCUACGUGAUGCCAUGCUUGUGAGUCCUGGGUAAGUAUGUGCCUGGCUUGGGCUCUUGAAGAUUUCAGACCCAAUGGACAAAUCUGUUACAGUGAAAAAUGAACAUAAAACAUGGGAAAAGUUUUAUUGCGAGACAUGAUUUUAUUAAUUUAUAGUGAAACACUUUGAAAUGCCUCUCAAAUGUAUCCUUAAGAGUCACUUAAGUUUAUUUCACCAUGCAACAAUACAAUAACAUCAUAAAAGUAAGAAUGUAUAUUGUAAUUUUCAUAUACGUUAUGUAUUGGUGCAAAAUUCAAUGUCUUAAAGAAUGGGGUUAUAUUGUAUUUUAUAAUGCAGAAAUAGCUUUAAUUUAAUGCAUGUUUUUUAUUUAUGGUUGAUUGGAUUCAAUAUAGAGAAUUUGGAACUUGUUUAUAUUAAUAUUUUACUUACAUAAAACUGAUUGUAAUACUUUAUUUUGUCAUAUCACUGUAAAGCAUCUGGAAAUAAAGGGUGAUAAGAUACUUUUUAU